CUACUGUUGAGGAAACUUCUGCUGCUCCAGGUGCAGCAAAGGCAGUACCAGAACAUGUGACUUACCUCAUCGUGGGUGCCGGCACAUCCUCUGUAGCAGCUUUCAGGGCCAUAAAGAGCAGGGAUGCUAAAGCAAAGAUCCUAGUGGUGUCUGGGGAGGGCGAGAGUCCUUACAUGAGACCACCACUUAGUAAGGAGUUAUGGUAUACUGAGGAUCUUGAGGCAGCAAAGUUGCUUCGCUUUAAGCAAUGGAAUGGGAAAGAGAGAAGCAUUUUCUUUGAGCAUGAAGACUACUACACUCCAGUGACUGAAUUGGAUUCAAGAGAAAAUGGCGGCAUCUCUGUGCUGCGAGGACGACAGGUGGUCAAGCUGGAUCCACACAAAAAACGAGUGUAUUUGGAUGAUGGAAGUGAAAUAUCUUAUGACAAAUGUCUUCUUGCAACAGGUGGGUCUCCAAAAACAUUGUCAGUGUUUGAGAAGGCUGGAGAAGACAUCAGCAAGAAUGUUACUCUGUUCCGCACCAUUGCUGACUACAGGCAGCUGAAUGAAGUGGCCCAACAAGGCAAACACAUCACUAUUAUUGGAGGAGGAUUUCUGGGUUCAGAACUUGCCUGUGCACUUGGGCACAAAUCCAAAACCACGAAGGGGUCAGUGACGCAAGUGUACCCUGAAUCCGGGAACAUGGGAAGGAUCUUACCAGAGUACCUCUCCAAGUGGACCACUGAAAAAGUCAAAUCUGAAGGUGUCAGUGUCAUCACAGAUUCUGCUGUUCAAGAUAUAAAAAAAACUGAAGAUGGCAAGCUUUCAUUGUCACUCAACACUGGCAAAGAGAUUGUGACAGACCAUGUGGUUUUGGCUGUGGGUCUGGAGCCUAAUGUGGAGCUGGCACAUUCCUCAGGCCUGGAGGUGGAUGACACCCAUGGAGGUUUCAGAGUUAAUGCAGAGUUAGAAGCUCGAUCAAACUUGUGGGUGGCUGGUGAUGCAGCUUGCUUCUAUGACAUUAAGUUGGGACGUCGACGAGUGGAGCACCACGAUCAUGCUAUUGUCUCAGGCAGACUAGCUGGGGAGAACAUGACUGGAGCUGGUAAGCCCUAUUGGCAUCAGUCUAUGUUCUGGUCAGACUUGGGACCUGAAGUUGGCUAUGAAGCCAUUGGCAUUGUUGACUCCUCCUUACCUACUGUGGGCGUCUUUGCUAAGGCUACCACCAAGGACACGCCAAAGGCUGUGGUUGAGGCAACUGGAGAGGGCUUGAGAUCUGAAACUGAACAGACUGCAGAUACUAGUUCUCUGGUCCACUCCAGUGCUCCUCAUGCUCCAUUAAAGGGGGAAGACUAUGGCAAGGGAAUAAUCUUUUACCUCAGAGACAACAUUGUGGUGGGCAUCGUCCUCUGGAAUGUCUUCAACCGUAUGCCAAUUGCAAGAAAGAUUAUCAAGGAUGGCAAAAGUUAUGAUGACUUAAAUGAAGUUGCCAAGCUUUUCAGUUUACAUUCAGAAUAAAGAAAUUACGU